AUGGCCGUUGCUAACCCACCACUCUCUCCAACCUCACAAAAAGACCUCAAGAUGGUCAUGCCUAUGCCUCCUCCUCUCUUGCACACUCGUUCGGGCAAUGAGCUGUACGAUCGUCCUCAAACACCGACAACACCUGGUGGAAAUCAUGGUUUCACCAGCCCGGUCCAGACACCGCAGGGCAGUCCAAGCAAGAAACAACUUCCUCCCGGCGCCAAUGACUUGCCAAACGUCUUUGAGAAUGCUAUGAAAUUGGCUCCUGCAUCGCCUACCAAGACUCAGCCGUUGUCACCUACGAAACAAGGUCUUUCGGUUGGCACCGACAAUGUCAACAGGGACCCCUUUACUGAUCACAACAACCAUCACUAUGGCCGUUCUGAGAGUCCUACCCGUCAGUCAAACAAGGAAAACGCACCAGCCAUCAGAUAUGGCAAGGACGUCCAGCAAAACCACGCUGCGUUGUCGAGACAAGAGCAAUACCAGCCAACCGAGUCGAGGAAAACAAUCACACGUGGCUUGACCACCGAAGAGAUGCAGAGACUGCAACUCCCCAAAGUCAAGCGCCUCGCAAAUGUGACUCAACUGUACUUCCUCGACUACUACUUCGACCUCCUUUCCUACGUGCACAACCGUCAAUCUCGAGAAAGUGCGUUCAAGGCUUCUUUCCCAGAACCACCGGAGACCCCGAAAGAAGAAUACGAUGCUGCCUUGCACAAGUAUCUUGGGCGUGAACGUGCUAAUCUGCGGAAACGUCGCACUCGUCUCCGCCACGGCGACUUCCAGAUCUUGACACAAGUUGGUCAAGGCGGUUAUGGUCAGGUCUACCUGGCUCAAAAGAAGGACACACGCGAAGUCUGCGCACUCAAGGUUAUGAGAAAGAAAUUGCUGUUCAAGCUGGACGAAGUCCGACAUAUCCUGACCGAGAGAGAUAUUCUGACUGCUGCCAAGUCUGACUGGCUUGUGAAACUGCUCUAUUCGUUCCAGGACGACGAACAGAUCUACCUUGCCAUGGAAUAUGUUCCAGGUGGUGAUUUCAGAACACUCCUGAAUAACACUGGCGUGCUCCAUAACAGACAUGCUCGAUUCUACAUUGCCGAGAUGUUUGCAUGUGUUGAUGCUCUUCACACCUUAGGCUACAUCCACAGAGACCUGAAGCCGGAGAACUUCUUGAUCGAUGCUACUGGCCACGUCAAGCUCACCGAUUUUGGUCUUGCAGCUGGUAUGUUGAGCCCCAUCAAAAUUGAAAGCAUGAGAAUCAAGCUUGAAGAGGUCGGAAAUACCCCGGUGCCUUUCGGCAUCACACCAGUUGAAGAUCGAUCAGCCGAUCAGCGACGUGAGGGCUACCGUUCUCUGCGAAAGAAGGACAUCAACUAUGCCAAGUCCAUCGUCGGCUCUCCCGACUACAUGGCGCCUGAGGUGCUCAAAGGUGAGCAGUACGACUUUACCGUCGACUACUGGUCCCUUGGAUGCAUGUUGUUUGAGGCACUUGCCGGUUAUCCACCUUUUGCUGGCGCUACGGUCGAUGAGACCUGGCAGAACUUGAAGAGAUGGCAACGUGUUCUGCGAAAGCCAAUCUACGACGAUCCGAACUAUUUUCUCAGCAAGCGCACAUGGGAUCUGAUCACUCGCCUCGUCGCCGCCAAGGACAACCGUUUCAAGAACAUUUCAGAAAUCCACAAGCAUGAGUACUUUGCCGAGGUUGAUUUCAAUGCACUGCGAGAGCAAAAGGCGCCUUUUGUGCCUGAGCUUGACUCUGAGACCGACGCUGGAUACUUUGACGACUUUAGCAACGAGGCAGACAUGGCUAAGUACAAGGAGGUGCAUGACAAGCAACGAGCUCUCGAAGACAUGGCUGAGAGAGACGAGAAGAUGGGCAAGAGUUUGUUUGUCGGUUUCACUUUCAGACAUCGUAAGCCAGAUACAGAGGGGAGCCCGCGAAAGCGGAUCGAGACGGACGGCACAUUCGGUACCAUGUUUUAG